UGCUCACCAUCUUUGCUAAAGUUGUCCCAUGUGAUGCAUGCACAGAUGCUCCUCCCCUCACCUCCUGGCUGUCUUCCUCGUCUCACCUCUGAAACAGCACCUUAGGUUUCAACCCUUUUGUUAUAACCCUGUCAGUACAUGCUCCAGGCUACUCUGAAUGCAGCAGGAAAAUGAUUGAUAUGGGACCAGACCAGUCCUCUUCAGGAUUGUGAGGUCUCCUCUCUGAGAGUUAUAAUGAGUUAUCAUCAGGUGGCUGAGAGUGGAGCCAUCACUAAAAAAAGACAUAAGGAUCUUGAUGAGACGAUGGACCCUGAUAUGAAGAGUGUCCAUGUGUAUAAAACAGACUUUCCUACACCCAGCUGGGAGUCCACAAGAACACUGGAGAGUGACGGAGAACUAAGGGUCCAUAAGGAGAGAGCAGAGUCACCAGCCCCCAGUUACCUAUCAAUGAAGACUCACCAAUCUAUGGAUACACCUAAUUAUUUCAAGGAAGGAGACCUUACUCAAAAAGAGGGUGUAACUUAUAGGAUUCAUCUGGAGAGAGCAGAGUCACCAACUCAGAGUUGUGUAUCAGAGAAGACUCACCAGUCAAUAGAUCCUCCUGUCUCUUUCAAGGAGGAGACCUCUACUCAACAAGAAGACAUCCGACGAGGAGUGGUGGUCUGUGAUGUAUGUGAGGUCAAAGCUGUGAAGUCCUGUCAGACCUGCAAUCAGUCCUACUGUGAGACCCACGUUAGGAAGCACUACACACUACCUAAACUACAGAGACACACCCUGGUGGAUGUGACUGGAGACCUGUUCAGAGACACCCUGUAUAGAGGAGACCCCCUAUAUAGAGGAGACCCCCUGUAUAGAGAAGACUCCCUGUAUAGAGGAGACGCCCUGUAUAGAGGAGACUCCCUGUAUAGAGGAGACCCCCUGUAUAGAGAAAGACUCCUGUUAUAG